AUGUGUCGAUAUAUCUUCCACCACUAUACCCGCUGUGGCCACAUCGCCAACUUCGAUUUCCAUAGCUGCGUCGACGUCAUUAAUCUGCUGCGCGGAUUAUCCCAACCAGGCUCGGAUUUGACUGAACUGGCCUGUACCAACGUCAAGGUCGAACACAACUUGUGCUCCACCAAGAUAGAGGUCUACUGUCUGCAGUGUGAAAUUGACUUUCAGCGCUUGACCCAAGGCACUGAAGCAGCGGUUCAGAGCAUCCCAGACUACAUUUCUAUCGAAGGGCUCGAUAACUCGGGCCCCAUAAUCACCACCAAGAUGCAGUGGCAGGUUACCAAGUCCCGAAAGCGCGAUUUCACCGAGGCUUUUCUUGAUCUGGACCUCGAUGGCGACCCCAAGUCUGACAGCAGCAAUUGCACUACCGUCCGGUCGGACACUAUUGCCAAUGCGUCAACUCUCAGUUCCCCCGAGCUAUGGCAUGACUCUGUCGAUGUCCCGCUGGACGCCCAUGACAACGACGCUGCAAACGCAGACAAAGACGACUGCGGUCCCAACCCGGCCAAGAAACGUAAUGACUCCAUCUCUGAAGACUACGUGGUGAUCGGUACUGACAUCCUCACCACUCAGGCAGAACGACUUACUAGCGCAGCCAACGGCGAGGAAGAGUCGGACGAAGAUGACUUCUGCAGCCUGUGGUUGUCGGACUUCGACUCCGACUCGGGCGAUGGCGACACAGGAGACGCCACUGGGUCAAUUAAACGCCAGUUGGAAAGAUUCACUUUCCCAACCUACCGAUCUACACCUCGAAGCCCUGAUCUCCCUUGUUCACCGCAUACCCGUCCUCGUCCCGACCCGCUGCCUCUUUACGUUGGUUUUCCCGGCCAACCGCCGGAAAGGUCGCCUAGAACUCUCCGGCCUUCGUCUAGAGGGAAUUACCUCGAUGCGAGGACGGAGCUGCAGUCGCCUGUGUUUGAUGGGUUUCCGGGUAUUCUUCCAGAUGAGGAGGAGUUGGGACUGCAGUCGCCUGGUCUUGUGAGUUUCCCGCGUAUUGUGAUUGAAGAUGUUGAUGAGGAGGAGAAGGAGAAAGAGAACGAGAAAGAGAAGGUCGACGUGGGCAAAUCGACUGGUACGGUUCUCGGACCUCGUGGUGCGAGUUUGGCUUCCGGUUCGGGGUGUGCUGCUGCUGUGUUGAGAGGUUGGAAUAUUGCCAUGUCGAGGAAGUGA